GGUUCCGGGAGCGUGCUGACCGCCGAGGGAGAGGCUGCGGGUGGACGCCCUGGCAGCUGGAGGAUGAAGAAGGAGCAUGUGCAGCACUGUCAGUUCUCCGUGUGGUAUCCCGUCUUCCGAAGCCUUACUAUCAAAAGUGUUGUUCUUCCACUUCCUCAGAAUGUGAAAGAUUAUUUACUCGAUGACGGGACUCUGGUGGUUUCAGGAAGGGAAGACCCACCAACAUGUUCUCAGCCAAACAGUGAUAAUGAAGCAGAAGAAAUACAGUGGUCCGACGAUGAGAACACAGCCACGCUUACGGCACCAGAGUUUCCUGAAUUCAACACUCAAGUGCAGGAAGCCAUCAAUUCGCUGGGGGGCAGUGUCUUUCCUAAACUUAACUGGAGUGCUCCAAGGGAUGCUUAUUGGAUAGCAAUGAAUAGUUCUCUCAAGUGUAAUACUCUCAGUGACAUCUUCCUGCUUUUCAAGAGUUCUGAUUUCAUCACUUUCGACUUCACUCAACC